AUGGCAAUGUCACGUUCCUGCUUGAUGCUCAUGAAGCCUCGAUCGACUGCUUUCAUGUCAUGCCGACGCAUGUUGUCAACGACUCGUAUUCAGUUACGCAAUGACACUACUACUUCCACUACCACCACUGACGGCGCUGGUCCGCUUGAAGGUUUACGUGUGUUGGAUCUCACUCGAGUAUUGGCUGGUCCCUAUUGUACGAUGAUGUUGGGCGAUCUUGGUGCCGAGGUGAUCAAGGUAGAAAACCCAAAGGGUGGUGAUGAUACUCGUGUAUGGGGUCCACCUUAUGCCGAGAACAAGUCUGCCGAGGAUCAGGAACGAGGUGAAUCUGCCUACUUUUUGUGUGCCAAUCGCAACAAGAAAUCCAUUACAGUGGAUAUGAAAUCAGAAGGAGGCCGUCGAUUGUUGCAUGAUCUUGUACGAGAAUCCGAUGUUUUGGUGGAAAACUAUUUGCCUGGAAAGCUCAACAAGUUUGGCAUGGGAUAUGAGCAACUCAAGAAAAUCAACCCACGUCUUAUUUAUGCCUCCAUCACUGGUUAUGGUCAAACAGGCCCUUAUUCCGAUCGACCCGGCUAUGAUGUGAUUAUUGAAGCAGAAGCAGGUCUUAUGCAUAUUACCGGUGAACCUGACGGCAAUCCUGUCAAAGUGGGUGUGGCUAUUACCGAUUUGACCACGGGUCUUUAUGCCCACAGUGCGAUUUUGGCAGCCCUUAUCAAGCGUGGCAUUUCCGGCAAGGGUCAAUGGAUCGAUUGUUCUUUGAUCGAAGCUCAGGUAGCAUCGCUUGCCAAUAUUGCAUCCAAUUAUCUGAUCGGGGGUCGUGAAGCAAAGCGUAUGGGGACAUCGCAUCCUUCCAUUGUGCCUUAUCAAGUGCUUCCUACCAAGGAUUCCUUUGUGAUGGUGGGUGCUGGCAACCAGGGUCAAUUUGAAAAGCUUUGUGAUCGUAUGGAAAUGACUCAUCUCAAGACCGACCCACGUUUUGCAUCCAACCCUGAUCGUGUACGCCACCGCACCGAACUCAUUGAUAUGCUCACCAAACGCUUCAUGGAAGAACCCACUGAACACUGGCUCGAGAAACUCAAUGGUGCCGGCUUCCCUUUUGCUCCCAUCAACAAUAUCCAGCAAACAUUUGACCAUCCUCAAAUCAAGGCACGCGAACUUGUUCAAGAAGUAGAACAUGAACGUGCUGGCAAAAUCAAGCUUGUUGGCCCACCCGUCAAAUACAGCGACUUUAAACCCUCCAUUCGCCUUCCUCCCCCUGUCCUUGGUGCUCACACUCAAGAAGUCUUGCGUGAUGUUCUUGGCUAUUCACAAGAAACCAUUGAUGAAUUACGAAAGGAAGGUGCUGUUGGCUCCCAUUAA